AUGGAGAUGACUACUAAUGCAAGAGAAGAUGAUCAUAAACUUGGCAGGCUUUUAGAUGUUGUAUUCUCAUGGACCCUUCAGGAUGUUCUCAAUGAAAAUCUUUACAAAGACAAGGUUAAUAAGAUUCCAGAAACGUUUAACUCAGCAACAGAUUACAAGAACUCUUUCAUUCCUCUAUUGUUUGAGGAAACACACGCCGAUUUAUCUUCUAGCUUGACUGGUGUGUCUCGAGCUCCUUUUUGUGAAAUCAAGAACGUUCAAGAAAGCAAACAAUUGGAACUUCCCAAUGCUCAGAAGCAAUUCAUUCGGUUCCGUCAUAUCUUGACGUUGAAGAUGACAACUGAGUUUGAUAGAGUUGAAAAUGGUGGAAAAUAUGAACCUGGAUCAGGAGAUCUUAUUGCUAUCACACACAUUAGGCCUAAGAGCUUAAAUGACUUGAACACACUCAAAAGUCCCUACCAUAUUGCCUAUGUUAGUGGAGGUAAAUUUCAAUCUUCUGAUAAAAUCUCAGUCAUGUCAUCCAAAUAUAUGAUUGAAUCUGUCUUCAGGAAAUACAACAAACAGAAAAUGUAUGCAGUUUUCCUUAUGAACAUGACAACAAAUGUUCGUAUUUGGAGAGCCUUGAACUCACAGUCAAAAGGAGAUCACCUCAACAUUAUUGAAAAAGUAUUGCAAUCUGGUCUCAAUAGCGGAGAGAGUUGCAAAAUUUGCAUUUCGAGAUCAAACAACCAAGCCUCUUUCAUUACAAAAGACAUAAUUAAUUCUCAGAAUCUGAAUGCAUCACAAGAAGAAGCUGUUUCAAGCUGUGUUAGUAUGAUAAAUUGUUCACAUGCAAAUACAAAGCUUAUUUGGGGACCUCCAGGGACAGGAAAAACAAAAACAGUUGCUUGCUUGUUAUUUUCUCUACUCAAGUUAAAAACCAGGACAUUGACUUGUGCUCCAACUAAUACUGCAGUGUUGCAAGUGGCAACAAGGUUGCUUAGUAUAGUUGGGGAUUCACUGGGGCAUGAUUCAUAUGGUUUGGGUGACAUUGUGCUGUCUGGAAAUAGUAAGAGAAUGAAAUUAGACUGUUAUCCUGGACUUGAAGAUAUCUUUCUGGAUUAUCGCGUAAAAAAUCUUAUGCAGUGCUAUGCUGAAUGGAAGCCUAACUUUGAAUCAUUGAUCAAGUUGCUUAGGGACCCUAAAGAACAGUAUUUUUUGGAGAUGUCCCAAAAGGAUUUUGUUAUGAAAGAAGAUAGUGUUAUAGCAUAUGCAUAUCAUGCAUACCAGAGGCAAAGUCUUGUUGUGAAGUUUGAGUUAUUUGUUCAACAGGCAUGGGGAGACAUCACAAAGCUAUACCAAUUAGAUGAGCUUGAUAAAAAGGAAUGUAUGUUGAUAACUGAGCAAUUUGUGAAAGAGAGAAUUGAGAAAUUGAGAACGAACGGCCUCCAAUCUAUCAUGCAAACCUUAUACACCAGCCUAAUGCAGCUGUUUGGGGAUGGGGACCCUAGAGGUCAAAUUUUCUCAAAGAUGGGUUAUAAGUCCUUUGAUGCUUUUUGUAUGUAUAAUACUUUAGGAUCUACUUAUAGUACAUACAAGCAAAAUAAAUAUGAUGAUACUGUGACGUUUGAGGAUUAUGUGAAAAGGGCAAGGAAAGACAUUCUAGAGCUAUACCAAAGUAUCAUGACUAUGGAGCAAUUUGUAAAGCGUAGAUUCGGAGAAUUAAGAGAGAAGCUCAAGUUCCUGAUACAUACCUUAUGCACUCACAUGCCAAAAUCUUUCAUUUCAGUGAACAAUAUGCUCCAGGCUCUUGACUUGUUAAAAUCACUAGAAAUUUCCUUGAGACAAGCCAAGUUUAAGCAAACUGUCAAUGGCUGUGAAGAAGAAAGCAUUCCAGCUUGCUUUGGACCAUCAAGCUUGGAUAGAAAUGAGUGCAUUCGCUUACUAAAUUUACUUUCUAAUUCAAUUCCGUUUCCUGAAUUUAAAGUGAAUGGUCGAGUAGAAGGAUUUUGUUUGUCGAAUGCUACUCUAAUUUUGUGUACUGCAUCAAGUUCUAUUAAAUUUUACUCAGAAGAGAUGAGGCCAGUGAAGUUUUUAGUUAUUGAUGAAGCAGCUAUGCUAAAAGAAUGUGAAUCAACAAUUCCUUUGCAGCUGCCAGGUCUUACCCGUUGCAUCCUUAUAGGCGACGAGAGACAGCUUCCUGCACUGGUUAAAAGCAAGAUGGCAGACAAGUGUGAGUUUGGACGAAGUAUGUUCGAGAGGCUGGUAACAUUGGGAUACAAGAGGCAUAUGCUUAAUGUUCAGUAUAGAAUGCAUCCAUCCAUUAGCUUAUUUCCAUGCAAAAAGUUUUAUGAUGGAAAACUUUCUGAUGCCCUUGUUGUAAGGGAAAAAAGCUACAAUAAGAGUUUCCUUAAAGGAGAAAUGUAUGGUCCUUAUUCUUUUAUUAACAUAGCUAAGGGUAAAGAGCAAUUUGGUCGUGGACACAGUUUGAAGAACAUGGUUGAGGUUGCUGUUAUUUCAAAUAUAAUUGAAAGCCUUAAACAACAGUUCAUGAGGACAAAGAAGAAAGUUAGCAUAGGAAUAAUAUCUCCAUAUAGUGCUCAAGUUUAUGAAAUCCAGGAGAAAGUUGAGCAGUACCUAGCGGUUGAUACCGACUUCUCAGUUAAUGUUGGUUCUGUUGAUGGUUUUCAAGGUGGGGAGGAAGAUAUUAUAAUAUUAUCAACUGUGAGAUCAAAUGAGAGUAGAAAAGUUGGGUUUCUUUCUAAUGAACAAAGAGUUAACGUGGCAAUCACUAGGGCUAGGUAUUGUCUUUGGAUAUUAGGGAAUGCAAAUACUUUAAUCGACAGUUAUUCUGUUUGGAGAAACGUAGUUGUUGAUGCUAAAAGAAGACAUUGUUUCCAUAAUGCUAAUAAGGACAAGAAACUGUCUGGGGCUAUUGAAGAUGCCUUGUUUGAGGUUGAACUACUUGAAGAAUCUGAGUCAUCAUUUCGGGAACUAAGUUUAGGUGAAAAAUCAUAA